AUGGCGCUUUCCAACACAGGAAGCACUCCUCUCACCUUCAAGCGUUCGCUUCGACCAAUCCUUAGACGAAAUGGCGAGACAAAGUGGCCCCAUGGCGUCGCAUCAGGUGGCACAGUCACCGACAUGCUUGAGCAUCUGAGCUUAACGAAAAUUACGAGCGACUAUGCAAUUGUAAUUUGGCUGCAGGCGCAUUACAUUGAGCCAUUUGGACGGAUAGAGAGACUGGACGGGUUGGUGGUCAAUGACGAACCAAACCGGGUGAACCUAGAGCAUGCUUAUGAGCGUUAUGUCAGCGUUCUAGGCGGUUUUACCAGAGAUCAAAAGCUAUGGGUGCCAGGUCUUGAGCCGACCAACCCGUUGCGACGUCAUGGUGGCAAGGUCACGAUACCAGAGACGCCGCUGAACAUCGAGUACAAGGACUGGCGUGCGAGCGAAAUCUUCUCUAAGAACGGGCAUGAGGUCAUGAGGAAAUCCAAAUUUGAAAGCAGCUGGACGGAUGCGAAUCGCUGGAGUCGGACGAUCUGGAGUGCGCCGAGUGUCAAGACCGUUGUCAAGAAUGCAGAUCUGGCCCGUCAGAGUUUUCAACCAUCAUGGACACUGCAAGCCCCAACACCGAACAAAGUCGUCAAGGGAGGUGAGCCAGGUAGCGAGGGUGUUGCGAAGAUCGAUCGCUACGACGAGUUCGCAUGCACUGUCACCCGCCAAAUCGACAAGCUCAAAUACGAUGUCGCAAGGUACUCUUGA